CAGUUACUCCGUGACACCAAAACUCUUCCUCUGUAAAACAACGGACCAAUCACACACGAUAACCCCCUGCCUCUUGCCUUGUGAAUGAGCGAUGAGUGAGGGCAAGAGCGACAAGAUGGUUGAUGAAAUGAUCGAGAGUCGAUACUUAUCGGCAGGAGCAAACCGAUAUGCUGCUGCCGCCGACUGGGCCGAAGAUGGAAUCGUUGCAUUUGGAUCCGAUUCCAACGUGUGUCUCUGGGACCCAACUAAUCCAAGAGGGAUUUCACGUAUAUUGAGCGGGCACACCGCCCAUGUGCGGGCCGUCGCCUUCUUGCCUCGUCGGAAUGAAGGGGACAAAACCGUGGACUUGGUGACGGGCGGAGACGACAAGCAACUCCGGCUCUGGGAGGUAGACUCCAAGACGGGCGCCGCCUCGUGCGUUCAAACCGUCCAAGAACAUACCGAACCGAUAAACUGCAUCGCUGCUCUUAAAGGCCCGGCUUCUGAGAAUGCGGCGAGACAAAUAUUCGUCACCGGGGCUGCAGAUGCCACAGUCAAGAUCUGGACCCUCGAAGCUGGCCAAAUUACCCUCCUCCAGACGAUCAAGACCACUAAAAGGUAUAUGCCUCUAACCCUUGCGUUGAGUGCAUUCGAAGAAGGGGGUGGACUCGUCCUGGCCGCCGCCGGGACUACCAACGCCGUCCAGAUCUUCACAACCCCUGCGACAGACGGCAACUCAGGGGUCGAGUUCACCCUACAGGCUACGCUUCCAGGCCACGAGAACUGGAUUCGCUCACUCGAUUUUAUCCGGGAGAAGUCUGAGAAGGGUAGCGACAUCCUGCUUGCGUCGGCAAGCCAAGACAAGUACAUCCGUCUCUGGCGCAUUCACCAAGGCACAGCACUGUCGGCCCUGAACGCAGCAGGACUUGGGCUUUCAACCGAUGCCCUCACACCCGGGAACAAAGCUCACAGGAUAACUACCGGGGCCGCCGAAUAUUGCAUAGUCUUUGAGGCCCUUCUUCUAGGCCACGAGGACUGGAUAUACAGCGCCCGAUGGUCUCGUGCUGCUGAUGGCAGGCUGCAGCUGCUGUCCGCCUCAGCCGACAACUCGUUGUCGAUCUGGGAAUCAGAUACCGAAUCCGGCAUUUGGGUCACCGUCACUCGCCUUGGGGAGAUCAGCCGAGAAAAAGGAGCAACAACAGCGACGGGCAGCAUCGGCGGGUUCUGGACUGGCCUGUGGUCGCCCUCGGGCACAACCGUCAUCACCCUCGGCCGCACAGGUAGCUGGCGGCAGUGGGACUACGAUGCAGCAGAAGACAUGUGGAAGCAAAGCUUCGCCAUAUCCGGUCACACCCGCGCCGUGACGGGCAUCUCGUGGUCCCGCGACGGCCUCUACCUCCUCUCGACCAGCUCCGACCAGACGACCCGUCUCCACGCCGAAUGGGCGCUCGACGCAUCCAACUCCUGGCACGAGAUGUCGCGCCCGCAAAUACACGGCUACGACCUCAACUGUAUCUCCGCCCUCGGACCGUCCUCCUUCGUCUCGGGUGCCGACGAGAAGCUCAUGCGCGUCUUCACCGAGCCUAAAGCCGUCGCCCGCAUGCUCAGCCGCCUCACCAACACGGCCCCUCCCGCCCCUGAAACCGAAGAGGCGCUCCCCGACGCGGCCAACAUGCCAGCCCUCGGCCUCUCUAACAAAGCCGUCACCGCAAUCGCCCCUGAAGAAAACCUCUCGGCAACCGCCGCCUCGAACCAAGCCACAGACCCCACCUCCGCCGACUCUGACCCAGCCACCCACACCCAAGCCUCUCCCCUUUCCGCUCUAGACCACCCUCCGCUUGAGGAGUCCCUCUCCCGGCACACGCUCUGGCCUGAGAUCGAGAAGUUGUACGGGCACGGCUACGAGAUCUCGUGCCUGGCCGCCAGCCACGACGGCACGCUAGUCGCGAGUGCCUGCCGCGCUAGUUCCUUGAACCACGCCGUCAUCCGCCUAUUCGAGACCCGUGGCUGGACCGAGCUGCGCCCGUCCCUACAGUCCCAUACCCUUACUGUCGCACGUCUGCGCUUCUCGCGGGACGAUCGGUACAUCCUCAGUGUGGGGCGCGACCGGGCGUGGGCUGUCUGGGAGCGGGUGGUGGCGGGUGAGGCUGAGGGUGAGGGGAACGGGGGGUAUAAGUUGGCACAGGCGAAUGCCAAGGGCCAUACGCGGAUGUUGUUGGAUGCGGCGUGGGCGCCGGUCGGUGAUGAUGGUGACGGCACGAGGGUGUUUGCCACGGCGGGGAGGGAUAAGCUGGUCAAGGUGUGGGUUGGGAAAGGAGGCGAGGGAGGGCAGUUUGAGCUGGGCAAGGCGGUUACCGAGGAGCAUCCUGUUACAGCGCUAGAUUUUGUGCCCGAGGUGACGGAGGAGGGGCUGCUGCUGCUUGCCGUCGGCACGGAGGGUGGUAAGGUGUCUGUGCUGACGCUCAAGGUCAAGGAUGGCGAGGUCGAGGUCGUGUCGACGCUGAAUGUAGGCCCGGCACUGUCGUUGCCCAAGGCGGUGUUGCAGCUUGCGUGGCGGCCGACGAGGGAGGGACGCAAAGGGAGGGAGCUGGCGAUCGCGGGCGAGGACGGGUCGGUCAGGAUAUAUGCCUUCCCUGCGCUGUGAAACGAGGCAAUGAUGAAUGAAUAAAAUGCAUGUCUGGGUAUGAUAAAACGGCCCAGGGGGAUA